AUGCCUCCGAAGAAGAAACCUACCCACAAGGCCAGAAAGGGAGAGCUGGUAUUCCUUGAGAGGCCGCGAGAGGGACCCAUCCAUUGCUAUGAAACUCUUCUACCUUCGGCCGAGAAUCCAAGACGUGUUCCUACGAAACCUGUAGACCACACCACCUCUGCUGCCUGGGUGUGCCCACAAUUUGAAACAACUAAGUCAGUGGUGUUGACAGCAUGCCAGAAGAAGCAUCGUGGUCCUCACAAACCCCAGAAUCAGGAUGCCAGCCACGGUUUGCUUCAUGCAGGGGGAGCUUGCCGAAGACCUAUAGCCUGCAAAUUUCCUCCUUUAACUUUUGAGACUCCAGAAGGGUAUGCAGUCCACCCCUCGGAUUGUCCGAAUCGCGUGAGGAAGAACACACAGCACUCUCGCAGCCAGCCCAAGAAAGGGACAGCAGCGAAGGCCAACAUCCAGGCGAACAGUCCGGAGAACUGUAGAGAAACACCUUUGUUGCCUGUGGAGCCAGAAGUCUCGAGCCCACCAGAUGUGGAGACUCCACCGGUGCCUUCUGUGAGGAACUGGAGACGCAGCAGCGCUCUGCCGCCAAGUAGCCGCCGUGCCUGGCAUCCAGAAAAAGAUCUGGCAUUCGGAAUUGAUCCCUGCGGGAGCGGGGAGUCGGGAGCCGUGCUGGUUACCGACACUCCCGAGCACGAGUACGGAGUAAGGGUUACCUGGAGGCGGCGGCCUCGUCUAAUGCAAUACCUGCGGGAGAGGGGGAAGCUGAGCGCUGCCGACAUCCUGGUGAAGGCGAGCCCCGAGCUCCCCGGGAGACAGGCCGACGUCUGGCUCGGCGGCAGCCCUAACUCCCGUAGGUGCAGAGACACUUCCGAGUAG